AUGCCUCUUGCAAAGGACCUCCUUCAUCCCUCUCCAGAAGAGAAGAGGAAACACAAGAAGAAGCGCCUGGUGCAGAGCCCGAAUUCCUGCGUCAUGGCUGUGAAGUGCCCAGGAUGCUAUACAAUCACCACAGUCUUUAACCAUGCACAAACAGUAGUUUUGUGCAUUGGCUGCUCCACUGUCCUCUGUCAGCCUACAGGAGGAAAAGUGGGGCUUACAGAAGGAUGUUCCUUCAGGAGGAAGCAGCACUAA